GCACAGACAAUCUGCACCCCACAGAGGGGCUCAGAUGUCCUCAGUGAGCACUCAGCGGGGUCCGCCCCUUCCCUUGCGCACUCGGGAGCCGCCUGUUCCCUGGGCGACAGUCAACACAGAACACAGCUGGGCGCAGAUGCUGCCCCAGCCUGGAGAGUCUGUCCCUAUCAGUCACUCAGAGUUCGGGAUCCGGUGGGGCGCUCUUGUGCAGGCUUUCCUGGGAUAAAAAGUCUCAAUCAGUCUCUCUCUUCUCUUCCUUUUCCAUUCUCUUCAGUCCCCCAUGGGCAGCCAACACGCGGGGCUCCCAAGAGCCACAGCAUCCGGGUACGGACUGCCCCCUACCAGACCUCUUGCCUCAGUUUCCAGGACCAGGGAUGGCCCUGCAGCAAGCAGGGGUCAUGCUGGUGGCUGCCAGGGUGCCACAGUCCCUGGUGUGCAGCAGGACCAGCUGUGGAGGGAGCUCGUGGAAGCCGAAGCGCGAGGCCAGCAGCGGUGGGCUGAGAACUGGGGUUUCCUGAAAGACUAUGACCCUUUGGGAAAUAAGAAGGAGCCUAAGGAGCUGCCUGCAGACACGCCCUUCUUCUCAGACACGGUCCCCAGCUCCACGAGCCGGGAGGUGGGCAGCAGGCUGGACACGGCCCUGGGGAGAGCCCUCACCCACAUGGACUUCUUCUUCAUGGAAGGCACCCGGAAGAGGAAGCCAGAGGAUGAGCUGCAGCCAGUGUAGAGAUCUCAGGACAGACGGCAGACGGGUCCACGCUGCCAGGCUUAGCCACGUGCCAUGAAGUCUACAGCACACUGGCCAGUAGCGCCUGUGUAAUACAUAAAUACAGACAGGCCAGCCACAGACGGAUGGAACGUCAGCUACUGCUUAGCCUAGAAGACCUCCCUCCGUGUUGAGGCGGUUGUUGACCUGUAUGGGAUGUGGAGUCCUUUUGCUUUAGCAUUUACCCUCAAAAUGGAACAAACUGCUACUUUGUAAAAAAUGGAGUCACUCAAGGCAAGGCCGCUUGCUUUACACAAAAUGGAGUAACUCGGAGCAGAGCUGUUUGGAUCGGAUCUCCAUUCUAGGAGCAGAUUUGUCUACUAAUGAGUGACAGCCAAAGCGUGGACACACACACACACACACACACACACACACACACACGCCCCCUCACACCCUUCAAAGAUCUCUCUCUUGGGAGGGAAGCCACAGAGGCUCCUUCCAUGGGAAUAGUGAGGGCUUUGGUGAGGACUGGUGAAAGGCAUGCUGGUGCAUAGCUUACAGCAUAGAAUUACCACAGACUGGUCUUGUGUGCAUGUGUGCGUGCAUGCCUGUGUGUGUGUGUCUGUCUGUCUGUCUUAUAGCCUAGUGAUCUCCAGAUCCAGAGGAGGGGAAAUGACCCCCUCUCCUAGUCUUGUGCCUGAAGAGCCAUAUAGGGAAAAGGGGCCAGCCAAAGAAACGUGCCCUGAGCAGAGCCAAAGAAACACACUUUGGCCCUGCAACUAGAACCAAAGAAAUGUACUCUGACCCUGAAUCCAGUGCCAUAGAAACAGACUUUGUCCCUGGAAUCAGAGCCAGGGAAAGAAAUACGCCCUGCCCCUAAAACUAGAGCCAAAAGGCUGAAAAGGAUCAGGGAAAGAAACACACUUUGGUCCUAAAACCAGAGCCGAAUCUGACCCUUAACCUGUGCAGUAAACUAACCAAUCCCUGAGCAGAUCUAGUCAACCUGAGCUCAGGGAUUGAAAUCUGACCAAUCCCCACCCUGGGAAAACUCUAAAGGGGGGCACCUAAAAAUCCUUAUAUAAACCCUGUGUCUAUUCAGCUGUGGUUGUUCAGGCUGCCUGGCUGUCCUCUGCCACUCUCCUGGAUUCUUCCCUCCCAACAAAUCUCUUGAAAGAGGUUUGGGUGAAGACCUUCUUUAGCUGGAGCAGAGUCAACCCAGAGCAGAGGGGAGCAGGGCUGUAACACUUUUCGCCUAGAGAAGCCUUCCCCUGGCUAAGCGAAGUUGUUACGCUCCACUCUCUGGGGGACUGGAGUGGAACUGUAGGGAAAUCCUCUCCUACUGGAGCAGAACUGAUACACUUGUGAGGACCUGAGUUAGAGCCCCAGAACCCACUUUAAAAAGUUGGGCAUGCGUAUUUGUAUUCUUACGGUGGAGAGGUUUAAAAAAAAGGUUCCCUGGGUCUCCUAGCCUGUUUAGUGAGUUCCAAGCCAGUGGACUGCACAGUACUUGAGGAAUGACAUUUGAGGCUGUCCAUUUGGCUUGCACAAGCGUAGGCUCAAGAGCGUGCUCGCACACACACACACACACACACACAAACACACACACACACACUAACAAAACCCUAGUAAUAAAAAGAGGAGGGAGGGAAGGAAAGAGCCGGCUCUCAGACGAUACGAUGGAACAAGCUUGUAACCCAGCAUUUGCCAAAAGGCAGAGGCAAAAAUGAGAAGUUCGAAGCCAAUGCACACAAUGUAAGUCCUGGCGCGGGUCACACAGUUACAAUCCUAGCAUUUGGAAAGCGGAAGCAGGAGGAUCUCAAGUUGAAAACUGGCUUACGCUCAAGGUCGGUCAGUCUGCAUCGAAUGAGACCUUGUUUCAAUAAAGCAAAAAACAGGAAAACA